AUGUUCCCAGCUGUCCAAAGAGGGAGAGUACCACCGACGCAGCCUGCGGGCUUAUCUUUACCUGGUCAAUUCGCUUUAACGAAUGGUGACCCAGCCGCUGGACUCAACCAUCCCUACCUCUCCUCAUACAUAUCUUUACUCCUCAGAGCAGAACCCUACCCGACCUCAAGAUAUGGACAAUGCGUUCAAACCACCAACGUCAUGGGAAUAGAUAACAUCUGCGAAUUAGCAGCAAGGUUACUCUUCUCAGCCGUAGAGUGGGCGAGAAAUAUCCCCUUCUUCCCUGAACUCCAAGUGACAGAUCAAGUGGCGUUAUUGAGGCUUGUCUGGUCGGAGUUAUUCGUCCUUAAUGCAUCACAGUGUUCAAUGCCCCUCCAUGUAGCUCCCUUACUCGCCGCCGCCGGUCUUCACGCGUCACCAAUGGCAGCUGACCGAGUGGUGGCGUUUAUGGACCACAUCCGAAUCUUCCAAGAGCAAGUGGAGAAGCUGAAAGCGCUCCACGUUGACUCAGCGGAGUACUCCUGUCUGAAGGCCAUCGUCCUCUUCACGACAGGUAAAAUUUUGGACAGUUUAUUUGGAGAGGCGAGGUUGCUGCUGUACAGAGUGGCGGGGGCUGGCACAGCCGUAACGAAUUAUGGAGAGCUCGUUACUCUAGUAAGAACACAUUUGGACGCGUAUGCUGAAGCGAGUAGAGUUCAGCAGCCAGUCCCGCCACCGUCAGCAGCUUCCUCUGGGUAUUAUUCCACACUCGAUACGUCUCUUGGCGUCAACUCCUCGCUAUCGUACGGCAGUUUUUUGUCACCAUCAAGGUUACAGCCGAAUUACACAAGUAGUCCUCGCGCUCCCGAGCAGAGCACUUCAUUUAAAGUAUGGGACGGAAAGUGCUACAAAAAUGAAGGGAGUUGA